UAAGGCUUGCUGGUCGGGCUGCACAGGAAUCCCCCAUAAGGUGGACAUCCCCCAGCAUGCACCUCUGUCCAACCUCUGCCUUAAUUUCAUCAUGAAUCCACCAGGCGACUUUUGUGUUAAUCUUCAGCACGUCAACCCUCAGUCUGCAGACUCUUUGCAAUACUGGGCGUCAGUAGUUGACCUCUGCGACGAAUCUGUCAGGAUCUACCCAGCUGAUGAGGGUGGCCGCGAUGUGUUUGCCCUUGGCAGCAUCAUCGUCAAAUCAAGCCAUCUCUACAAGACAGAAGAUAGCCAGCAUGGAGAGAUUGACUACUCAUACGCGAUGCUAAUGAGUCCCAAGCUAUUGCUAUUGCCAAGGGUGUCCUAAGGGAUGGUAGAGUGCCAGAGAUUUCCUUUGCUAGCAAGGCGUUGGUUUGACCGUCGCAUGGCCAUACCUAUCGCGAGACCCAAAAGAAUCCUUCAAGCAGCAGGCACGCAAGAUACUUCGACAGU